AUGGGUGCCAUUGCCAUGCCCGGCCCCAGGCUCCUGGGGCUGGGAAACCGGGAGCUGUGCAGCGAGUCCCACAUCCAGCGCGCCCACGACGCCCUGGCCGAGGAGGAGCUGGAGGCCGGCUACUCCCCGCUCGCCCGUCUGGGCCGCGACAAGCUGCUGUACGCGGCGCGGGAGGGCCUGCGGAGCGCGCGCGGCCGCGUGCGUACCCUCGCGCCCGACAUCGCCAUAGAGCCGCUGCUCCUGCCCGGGGCCCUGGCCCUGCUCCAGCAGCUGGCGGGCGUGGCCGACUGGGAGCGCGUGGCGGGGGACCGGGGGGCCUUCCCCUGGGCCACCCCCGACGUGCUCACCGAGGCGGUCCUGGCCUGCAUCGUCACGGGGUUCACCCGGCGGCGGCCGCGCCUGGUGGCCACCGCCGCCGCCGUCGCGGCCAGCAUCCAGUCGCAGCGCGACACGACCAUCCACCUGGCGGUCUGCCGCGUGCUCCUGGGCGCCCCAGAGGCGGCGCUGGAGAUCCUGGAGGAGGACGAGCGAAUUGGGGCGACCCUGGGCGCGGCGGCGCUGGAGACGCCGGGGCCGGACGAUGCCUUCCCCUCCCGCGACGGCGUGAUGGACUGGAUCCGGGCGCAGGCGCCGGGCGACCCCCUCCCCGGCCUCUGCGCCUUUGUCGAAAAGUGGCUGGAGCUGAAGGCCAUUCCGCACUUCCGGGUCCUGGAUGGGUCGGAGCCGGGGCCUGGGCAGAGCGAGCCCGUGUCCCUGGUCCCCUACUUUGACGACAUGGCCGUGCAGGCCUCCCUGUCGGGGUCGGCGGUGCGUGGCCCUGACGGAUCCCUGAGGUUCCUGUCCGGCAUCCAGUCCAUCUUGUCUGGCCUGCCUGGCAGGCUCGGGCAGCUGGGGCCGGGAGUGCAGCGCACCCUCGACAAGGCGCGGUCGAGUGCGCCUGGCGGCCCCACCCUCAUCAAGCGUGCCCUGCAGCUCGUGCUCGGCGCCAGCAUGCUGGCCGUGCUCUCCAUGCUGGCUUCCCGGCAGCUCACCUCCUCCCAGCGCGAGCCUUCCGCAAUCCGCCAGGUGGCCACGCUGGCGUCCCAGGGCGGCAGGAAACGGCGGCAGGGCUCGACGGGGAAGGAGGCAGCCAUUGCGGGCCAGUCUGGCGCGGCGCCAGAGGCCGCCGAGCCGCAGCCAGCCCCGCGGCGCGAGGCGCCCAGCCUGGCACGGUCUCAGGCCGAGACGCUCAUACAGCGCUGGCUGGCUGCGAAGGCGGACGCCAUGGGCCCCCGCCAUCGGACCCAGGCACUGGCGAGCGUGCUGACGGAGCCCAUCCUGGGGGCGGUACGGGCGGAGGCGGACGAGGCCGCGGCCAGCGGCUGGUUCUGGAACAUCCGGCCUCUCAAAUCCAGGGUCGAGUACACGAUGGUCCACGUGGGGGGCCAGUGGCGCAUCAGCAGCGCCCUCGUCAUCGGCGGCUGA